UAACUCUGGUUCAAUCUGUUUCAUAAUACUAUUCGACAGCACAAGUAAGGGACUGGCAGAUUAGCACUGGUAAGAACAGGAAGCUCCUUUGGAAUCUGCUAAAUGUUCCUAAGGAAAAUGCAGCUGCCACUCUACCUGCUCCUGCUAGCGGCCUGGAUUCCAAAAGCUGUUUUCUGCCAAGAGCAAUCUGAUGCUGAAGAACAGAGUCCUCAGGCGAACCAUGAACAGGCCUACCACAAAAUAAGUCUGGCCAAUUCAGAAUUUGCUGGAAGAUUGUUAAAGCUGCUGGUUUCUGAAAAUCCUCAGAAGAAUGUCUUCUUCUCUCCCGUGAGCAUCGCCACUGCCUUCGCCAUGCUCUCCCUGGGGACCAAAACGGCCACCCUAACUAAUCUGUUGGAGGGCCUAGGUUUUAAUCUCACAGAGCUUCAGGAAAGGGAGAUCCACCAAGGUUUCCAAGGUCUUGCUCACCUACUGAACACUACGGAGGGCAAAGUGCAGCUGGAAAGUGGCAACGGCCUUUUUAUUGAUGAUCAGCUGGAACCACUCCAAAGCUUCUUAGAUGAUGCCAAGAACUUGUAUGGAGCAGAAGUGUUUGCCGCAAACUUCAAAGAUUCUCAAGGUGCUAAGAAGCAGAUUAAUGAUUAUGUAGAUAAGAAAACACAUGGAAAAAUUCCAGAGUUAAUCAAGCAUCUAGACCCCACCACAGUGAUGAUUCUGAUAAACCACAUUUUUUUCAAGGGAAACUGGGAGACUGCUUUUAAUGUCACCCUCACUGAACCGCAGGACUUUUAUGUGGAUGAGAACACAACGGUACAAGUGCCGAUGAUGGUGAAAAGGGAAAAACUGUACUACCAUCGUGACGAUGAGCUGUUCUCUUCAAUGGUCGUCCUGCCCUACGAGGGAAACGCCUGGUUGAUUUUAGUUCUCCCGGAUGAAGGCAAAUUAGAGCAGGCGCUGGAAGCUAUAAUCGCUAAGAAAGGAAUAUCACAUUCUAGAUUUGUGGAAAAAAGGAAGGUGAGUAUUUAUCUGCCUAGGAUCUCAGUCUCCACCAGUUAUGACCUUGAACAACUGCUUCCCAAAAUUGGCAUAAGAGACGUGUUCACUGACAAAGCAGACCUCACAGGCAUCUCCACGCAAUCCAAACUACAAGUUUCCAAGGUGUUACACAAGGCGGUCCUUGAGGUGAGCGAAAAUGGCACUGUGGCAGCCGCCAUCACAGACAUAGAAAUCCAGCGCAAUAUAGCAGCUCCCCCUGUCACCAUCAAGUUCGACAGGCCCUUCUUUGUAUCCAUUAUGGAUACAAACAUUCACCAGCACUUAUUUGUAGGGAAGAUUGUCGACCCCACAGCCAAAUACUGAUGGACCACGGUUAGCUGUGACUCAGAAGCUACUGUUGCAAUAAAUAAAAAUGACUAUAAGCCAA